AUGGCUUCGAGGCCGGAGUACCAGUCAUUGGAGGACGUGGAGGAUCACACAGGAGCUACACACGAGGACUCUGCUCUCCUCGGCGGCGAAGACGAAGACAGCGAACAAGUGCCCUUCUCAUGGAUUGAAUAUGGCAUCUUCUGCUUCCUCGGCAUGGCCAUGCUCUGGGCCUGGAACAUGUUCCUCGCCGCAGCCCCCUACUUCGCCGCGCGCUUCGCCGGCGACUCGUGGAUCGAGGCCAACUUCCAGUCCACCAUCCUCACCGUCUCGACCCUCACGAACCUCGUCUCCGCGCUCAUCCUCUCCCACAUCCAGCACUCCGCCUCGUACCCCUUCCGCAUCAACCUCGCCCUCGUCAUCAACACCGUCAUCUUCAGCCUGCUCACGGCGUCCACGGCCGUCCUCCUCGACGCCUCGCCGCGGCAGUACCUGGCCUUCGUGCUCGCCAUGGUGGCGUGCACGUCCUGGGCCGCCGGGCUGAUGCAGAACGGCGCCUUCGCCUUCGCCGCGGGCUUCGGCCGCGCCGAGUACAUGCAGGCCCUCAUGGUCGGCCAGGGCAUCGCGGGCGUCCUGCCGUCCAUCGCGCAGGUCGUCUCCGUGCUGCUCUUCCCGCCGGGCAAGGAGAAGGCAGCUGGCGGCGGCGGCCAGGGCGAGGAGGAGGAGGAGGCGGUGGGCGAAUCCUCCGCCUUCUACUACUUCCUCGCCGCAGUCAUCUCCCUCGUCACCCUCGUGGCCAUCAUCCCCCUCGUCCGGCGCCACAACCGCCUCGUGGCGAACCGCACCAUCCCCGAGCACCUCGCCUCCUCCAUGGCCAGCAUCGAAGAGGCCGAGAGAACUACCACCCGCAAGGUCGUCCCCCUACUGCACCUCCUCAAGAAGCUCCGCUGGCUCGCGUUCGGCGUCGCCCUCGUCUUCGCCGUCACCAUGUUCUUCCCCGUCUUCACCGUCAAGAUCCUCUCCGUGCACCAGGACGGCGGCCUGCUCUUCCAGCCCGCCGUCUUCAUCCCCCUCGGCUUCCUCUUCUGGAACAUUGGCGAUCUCGCCGGCCGCGUCGCCACCAUGCUGCCCUUUUCGCUUACGCACAGGCCGCGCCUGCUCUUUGCGCUGGCGGUGGGCAGGAUCGCGCUGCUUCCGCUCUAUCUCCUCUGCAACAUCAACGGUCGGGGCGCCAUCGUCCCGAGCGACUUCUUCUACCUGUUCGUCGUCCAGUUGGUCUUUGGCGUGACGAACGGAUGGGUGGGAUCGAGCUUCAUGAUUGCUUCGGGGGAGUGGGUGGAAGAGCACGAGCGGGAGGCCACGGGCGGGUUCAUGGGCUUGUGCCUGGUUGCCGGCCUUGCGUCGGGCAGCUUGUUGAGUUUUACGAUAUCUGGGAUUUAG